CUGUACUCCAUCCAUUCAACUCCACCAGUGGUAAAAGUAAGUCACCUCCUCUCUCUUUUCUUUUCUAGAAACCCUUUUUCUUCUGUCUUUAUUCCCUCAGUCUCUUUGUACCUUGUUUAUAUCACACCCUCUCUCUCACACAGCUUCAACUGCCCUCUUUAAUUUUGGUAACUAUUUCCUGCUAAAUCUAAAACUUUUGGUUUUGUUUUAUCUCCGUUUGGAAGGAUACAAUCACCUCUUCUGGGGGUUUUCUAUAUAUUGAUCUUCCCUUUUCCAUCUUGGGUUUUGUAUCAUCUUCUUUUAGGUACUCUAAAAAUAAAUACCAUCUCUUUUCAACUUUCUGAUCUUAAUUUCUGUUCAAUCUCUAACUUGGAUUUGUUCUAUUUUCAUCCAUCUGGGUAAUCUAAACACUCUAUCUUCUUUUGUGGGGGUUUCUCAGAUUUUGCAAUUCAAUGUCUUCUCAAGGUUAUGCAAUUCAACUCUUUUUUGAUCCAGCUUUAGAAAACCAAGUUUUAAAAGCAUGGAAUGUUUUAGCUCGUAGACAGAUCAGUACACAGCUUAUAGAAAUGGAAUCUAGACCUCAUAUAACUCUUCUAUCUAGUCCUUUACUUGAUCCACCUAAACUACAAAACCUUAUAAAGAACUUCGCUUCAAAGCAAGAGCCAUUAUCACUAUCUAUGUCUUCAAUUGGGAGUUUUCCUGGUGAAGGAAAUGUUUUGUUUCUUUCACCUAAUCCUACCUCAGCACUACUUCAAUUUCAUGUGCAAUUGUGUGAUGCACUGCGAAAAGAGAAUAUUGAAAUUGGUGAAGAGUAUUUGCCAGAUUCAUGGAUACCUCAUUGUACAGUAGCGAAAGAGGUGCCAAGGAGUAGGAUUGGUGAAGCUUUUUGUAUUUUAAGAGAUCUGAAAUUGCCUAUUUCUGGUUAUGCUAUGGAUAUUGGAUUGGUUGAGUCUUCGCCUGUGGUUCGAGAGCUACUGUCCUUUCCUCUUGGGGAUGCAUUAGAAGCUUAGAAAAAGGACUGGCUUGGCACAAAUCGAGUAUAGAGGUCUUAUGAUAUGUAUUAAGAUGCUGGUUACGUCUCUUAUCUAUCUUCAUAAAAACGAAAUUCCCAUUCACCUGUAUAGUUUGAUUCAGUUGGUUCACUUCAGCUUCAAGCAGGCUAGGAAGAUUGAAUUAUAUGGCUCAGAGAGGAUUCAUGUGCAUCUCAAAUCUCAGCACUGUGAAAUGUUUUGGACAUCCAGGCAUAAUUUUGAAACUAGCUCCUUGUGACAACCCUGGAUACCAUGCAUCAGGUACAUAACCCUCAUUCGUCAUUCAUUCAAUGAAAGCCUAAUCUUACUAGGACUACUGGAAA